AUGCUUCUUAUGGCUUCACAUUAUUGUCCAUAUGCUGUGAUUGUGCUCAAUAUAAGCCAUCGUGCCGGAAAACGUUACGAUGAUUCGACAAUCGGGUCGGAAAGUGAUGCUCGUCUUUUUUCAGAUGAUGAUGAACGUUCACGGGUGUCAACUUCUACUGAUAUUACCAGCGUUUCUCGGCAGCAUCAGGCAAAUGCCUAUCGUAAACGUCGUAAUCGGCGUAAGUUUCGGCAGCCGUCGAGGGCUUCUUCAUUUAGUAGUAUUACAGAAAGCUCUAUGUCACUUGAUGUGAUUACUGUAACUUUAAAUAUGGAUACAGUUAAUUUUCUUGGAAUAAGUAUUGUUGGUCAAAGUUCAUCACGUGGUGAUAAUGGGAUCUAUGUGGCAAAUAUAAUGAAAGGUGGAGCUGUUGCUCUUGAUGGACGCAUUGAGCCAGGCGAUAUGAUCUUGCAAGUAAACGAUAUAUCUUUUGAGAACUUUACUAACGAUCAAGCAGUCGAUGUGCUUAAGGAGUCUGUAGCUAGAAGAGGGCCUAUAAAGUUAACGGUCGCUAAAAUGUACGAUGGGGGACCUCGCAGUGCAUUUACGGUACCAAGGCGUACAGAUGAGCCUGUUCGGCCCAUUGAUACACAGGCGUGGGUUCAGCACACUAACGCAAUGCGCGGCAUGCCAUCGAUUUUAGAAGGUUCCGAAGGGGCUCCGACACCUAUUCCAGGACAUUACGGCCGUCCACCCAGUAGCAGCACGGUCACUUCAAACGGAUCAGCUCCUAACACGAUCGUUGGUGGAGUCAUUUGUAUCUUCAUUUGUUGCUUUGAUCGCGGCGCAAAGACUCAUAUGAGACUUGAUACAUCUAUUCCUAAGUUACGGGUCGUGCAAGCAAUGGCCAUGCCCAACUCUGGACUCGAGAUUAAGGACCGAACAUGGCUGAAGAUACCAAUACCUAUGUCUUUCUUAGGUAGCGACUUGGUUGAUUGGUUAAUGGAGCACGUUGAUGGUUUGAGGGAUCGCAAAGAGGCUCGAAAAUACGCUAGUGAUUUGUUGAAGGAAAAACUAAUUUGUCAUGCUGUCAGUAGAAGCAGUUUUACUGAACAGUGUUACUACAAACUGGGGGAGGAGUGUUCAGAGUUUGUACGGAUGCGGCGAGACCAGAAUCCAAAUGAUCAAGGGGUACGGAGUGAAGUAGGGCUUGUAAUACCUUCCCAGCCGGCAUGUCUAAUGGCCACUGGGGUGCCAGCCGGUUCACGUAAUUGGCAGACAACACUGGUGCCACAGGGUGCACCGUCUAUGGUUAGUGGCUAUGCGUCAAUGCCAAUAUCACCAUUUCCGACCCAAAAUGUUCCAGUUAGUUCUGGAGUAGUGCUAGGGUCUAGUGGGCCAGGAAUUUUGUAUAAAGGUGGUGGUGGACCUGAUGUGCACAGUCAAACAAGUAGUGCUGAUGGUUCGAGUGGAAGUGAGAAUAGAAGAGCGGCCAGAGCUAUUUUACCACCUGCGCCAUUACCGACAUUGAGUGGUCCACAUCAUCUGCCGGUUGGUAAUUCGGCAUCGUUAGUUGCCGGACCAUCAGUUGGUGUUGUACAAAACAGCUUAGGCGAAUUACCGCAAGAUUUAACAUCGAGUAGGCAAAGUUUCCGGAUUGCAAUGAGUCAACCAUUUGAAUUUUUUGUGGAUAAUCUAUAA